AUGUCUCAGAGUCCUUCCUCAAAGAAAUCUUCUCCUAUCUCUGAAACAACAUCAGGUUCUAGGGCACCAAAUGCUGUGAGCGAUCAAGAUGUUGUGCUGGAUGUCGUGCCAUUGAACUCUGUCCCUCCUUCCGAUUCUGCUCGCAGUCAUCCAAGAAAGAUGCAUGCAAGAAAAUCAACUGGAGGAUCUGUCCCAGAAACUUUUUCUGUCCAGGGUAGAGAGGGCUCGACCUAUGUUCAUAAUGCAAUUGCAAAUAUUGUCACCAGAAUCUUGAAUGAAGGACACAAGGUUGAAGGAAUUUCUGUUCCUCUAGCCCAAAUGCCCGCUUCCGAUGAUGAUCAAGGUGAGCAUGAUGAUGUAAGCAAAGAUCAGGAAAAUGUUGAGACUCCUGUUGCUAAUGAUGUUAGGACAUCUGUUGAUAAUGAUGAGACUCAUGUUGCUAAAGAUGUUGAGACAUCUAUUGAUAAUGAUAAGACCCCUGUUGCCAAAGAUGUUGAAACAUCCGAGGCUGUCAAUGCUGAAGAAGUUCCUGAACCUGAGAAAGAUGAAGAGUGGAAAUUUGUGUAUCAAAGAAGGUUGGCUCUAGAAAGAGAGUUAGCAAAUGAUGCUCUGGAGAUUCAUGAGGUAAUGCAGCUCAUCAAAACUGCAGGUAGAAAUGCUGAAGCUCAACCUGAGCUUGAAGUGACUGAUAAUGAGGUCUGCAAGGUAAUCACUGGUGGUACGGUUAAGAAGUGGCCCAUUAAGAGCAAACUGUCUGCUAGUUCUCUUAAUGUCAGGUAUGCGUUGCUGCACAAGAUUGGUGCUGCUAACUGGGUGCCUACAAAUCACACUUCCACUAUUGCUGUUGGCCUAGGAAGAUUCAUAUAUGUUGUGGGAACCAAGACAAAAUUUGACUAUGGCACUUACAUAUUUGAUCAAACCAUGAGGCAUGCUGGUACCUCUGCUACCAAGCUUCCCAUUGCUUUCCCAUCUCUGAUAUGUGGAAUCAUCCUCAAGCAACACCCCGGAAUUCUGAAAAGUAAAGAUACUGUAUGUAAGAGGGAGACUGCUUUGUCCUUUCACUACAAGCUGCUGCAGAGAUCUGAUGACAAGACAUCUGCUGGGACAUCUCAACCCAGCAAAUCUGUGACCAAAGCUCUUCUUAUUGCUGAGCUAAAAGAGACGUGUCAAGAGUUGGACAACAGGAAGCUGAAACUUGAAAAUCUCAUCCACAGUCUUGAGCAGUCUACAGAUGAUGAUCUUGUUGGUGACAAGGGUGGUGACAAUAUGGAUGAAGACCAAGAGGCUGAGGCAGAAGCUAAGGAUGCUGAGGCUGAGAGUGCUGGGAGUGAGAGUAGUGAUGCUGUUGAAUGGACUAGUAGCUCCAGUAAUGACAAUCCUGGUGGUUCAAGUGAUACAGACAGUAAUGGGGCUGAUGAUUAG